UUGACAAUUUCCAUUUCAUGAUGCAAUACAACCACAUAACACUGGUCACAAAGGCUGUUGUCGGAAACACUAAAGACAUUCCUAAUAUUAUUACAACUAUAAAGACUUUCGAUGUCAGGAUCAUUUUUGGAUCUUUUCUGGAUUCAUACACUUGGACUGAAAUAAUUUGUGAGGCCUUCAAGCAAGGAUUAUACGGACAGCGGUACGUGUGGAUCUUUUUUAACAGAUUGAUUGAUGAAUGGAAAUAUAAGGAUUGCUUACCUGAGCAGUAUCAAAUCGAUGUCAACGGUCAUUUCUUUGGACUGUACUUGAGCAAUAUGCUGAUAAUUAGUUCAUCUCCCGAGCCAACUAUAACCGGACGGACUUCAGAAGAAGAGUUGGCAUGGAGUUAUGACGUAUUAGGCGGCUGGGAUGAUUACGUACCAUUGGUGUUGGAUACGGCAUGGGCACUUGCUCUCGGUCUCAACAACAGUAUUGAAUACCUUCAUGAGGAGGGACUGUCCCUGAGUAACUACUCUUAUAGUGAACAACAUCUUGCUGCCAUCAUGAAAGGAAUGGACGAUGUCGCGUUUCUUGGCGUCUCGGGGCCGGUGUCCUUUGAGUUACACGAUCGUCUCGGCAUCGCGUACAUGAAACAGCAUUUUGCGAAUUCCACAAGGUACAUUGCAUCUUAUGAUGUUAGAAACGAUUCUCUAAAUUGGUUAGUGCCACACGAUUCCAUCUGGAAAGAUAAUUUCAUCCCAGCUGAUUCUUGUCUUACAAUUCACAAAGAGAAGCUAAUCCCUAAGUCAUUAUACGUGACUCUUUGUGUAUUAGCUGGAGUUGGAAUCUUCGUCACAAUCUUUUGCUUCGUCUUCAAUGUUGUUUGGAGAAAAAACAGGAUAGUGAAAAUGUCAUCACCAAAUAUAAACAGCGUAAUACUUAUUGGCUGUUUACUGCUGUAUGUAUUUAUAAUUAUCAAGACAGCGGCAUCGGCAACCAAAGCAAUUUGUGCGGUACAAUUGUUUUGCUUCUGGAUUGGUUUCGCUACCACAUUUGGAUCCAUGCUUUCCAAGACUUGGAGAGUCUACAGAAUUUUCACAAAUAAAAAAAUGAAACUAAACAUGUCCAUUAGGGACACUCAUCUACUGGUCAUCAUUGGUUUAGUCGUUACAAUGGAAACGAUAGUGUUGACAGUUUGGGAGUGUUUGUCCCCACUUCGAGUAGACAGGACGCAACUGGAUAGAGAGAUGACCACAGACGGUCAGCACGAGAUAGUAAUGAUUUACCCUGUUUGUGAGUCGGAACAAGCCUACUAUUUUAUCUGGACUCUUCGAAUAAUGAAUGGUACUCUCCUGGCAUUUGGAGCUUUCUUGGCUUGGGAAACCAGACACGUUCAUAUAGACGCCCUAAAUGACUCCAAGACGAUCGGAAUAUGUGUGUACAACGUUGUCAUUCUGAGUGCUGUGGAGCUGUUGCUGUCGCUGCUUAACCAGGAUAAACCAGUUGAGCUGCUUGGAAUCACUUCCGUGUGCCUUUUCGCCGGAACUUUCGUCUCGGAGAUGUUGAUAUUUCUCCCAAAGAUGUUAGCUGUUUACCGGAACCCGACUGCAACCUCACAGACAGCAGUGAAAACUAUAGAAACCAUGCACCCUGAACAUAGCGACACUGCACUUUGAAAAGUCACACAUUAUUUACCCGAACAGGGAAAUGCAAAUAAAUGGAACUGACGACGAGAUAUAUAAACAACACAAAUGAAAUAACUAAGGGAUUGGAUAGACAUGUCAAAAUACGAUUGCUACGAGAUUGGAAUUACAACACUUAUUGGACACACGACACGAAUUGAUUGAAGUAACAUAUAAAUAAAUGUUAUAAAUUAUAAGAUUUAAUUAUAAUUGUCAGUUUGGACAUGAUAAAUGAUUGUUGCGUCAUUUUCCUGAACUGUACAAUGGUGAGCUGAAUAUUACACUAUACGACGUUAUUACAAAUUUUAGUUUAUACUCGUUUGCUUUCAUUUAAUCAUGCCUAAAAAUGUAUCAAUGUUUGUGUUCUGGUUUGUGUCCAACUUGAAAAAAGUUUAAUUGUGAUACCAUGAAAAGUUAUCGCUUUAACUACUAUUUCAUUGCAAGUGUAAUGCUAAGGGGUUCAUUUUAACUUACACCUGAAUGCUGAGCCAAUUUUCCCAUUUUUUAUACGUUGUAUGUAUUUGUUGUGCAUUUUAACACCCUGAAUAGUACAUUUAUUUUAUGCCACAAUAUUUGGA